CUAACUUUAUUUAGGUUACCUUUUUAGCUCACCCUGUAUAAGGAAGGCAGAGAAUGGUGGUCUAAGAUGUGAUAAAGGUGUAAGUACAACUUGACCUGAAAUUCGAUCGCCUCACUAAUAAACACAAAGAGUCGUGAGAUAUCUUAUACAAGAGACAUAUAACUUGAUAUAAGUCUCUGUUUAUACACAUCGCACAAUUGUAAACAGACAAAUGUCAUAAUUCUCCUGGGCCUCAUAUUGUGGAUGAAUUCGCAGUGAAACAUGGAUCGAGCACAACUGAAGCAUUUCAACGAGAACGGCUAUGUUGUAAUGAAAGGGCUACUGGACAGCGAGACUCUUGAUUCAGUACGAGAGGGUUGUGAUCAACUCACAAAUGAAUUGGUUCAAAAACUAAUAAGCAAAGGAAAAAGAUCGGAAGAAUUCAAGGAUGAGCCAUUUGAGACUCGCUUGUUGAAGGUCGUUGGGGAUAACAUUGAAUAUGCACCGUUGAUUUACCGAUAUGAACUUCACAAAGGACAGUUCUUUAAACUAUUCGGUAACGUUCGUGUCCUCGAAGUUGUACGUCAGAUUUUGUCCUCCGCUGAGGACAUACGUAUAUUCCCAAAUUACAGCAUCAGACCUAAAUUCCCCAAUUAUGAACCGCAUGACGUUGUAUGGCACCAAGAUGCGGGAUUGAGCCCCGAUGGGAAGCCGAAUACGGCACCCGUUUCUGAGCGUAUGGAUGCAUUCGGUCGUGACGCGACAGUUAAUUGCUGGGCUCCCUUGGUACCUGCAACAGUUGAGACUGGAUGUAUGAAAUUCAUUCCAGGCAGUCAGAAGCUCGGACUUCUGGAGCACAAGCUAUUAGGUCGGUAUCGAGAAACUGCAAACUAUGGAACCGAGUCAAAAUAUUCAACUUACGCCGCCCAGGUGCCUAUCGAGGUCAUAAAAGAGCACGAACCUGAGAUCAUCGAUGUUGAAUGUGACCCGGGAGAUGUUGUUUUCUUCUCCAACAUCUUAAUCCACCGUGGUGGCUUUAAUCAUUCCAAAAUCGUGCGUUGGUCAGUUGACUGGAGAUACCAGGAUGCGGAUAAAGAGACACAUCGCGAACAAAAGGGUCACGUCAUGUGGUCCACGGACCCAACGCAGGCUGUAGCUAAUGCAGAACAAUGGGAACAAUUGAGCCUUGUGUAAAAUAUUUCUACAAGCUUUUGCAGGGACAUAUUCGCGUAGAUUAUAUUCUUUAUCUCCAAGGAGAUGCAUAAUACAUAAUACCUUCGUAUCAUAUUUACUUAAUUAUAGUGUUAAAAAUCUUGAAAUCAUAGCAAAUCUCAGCUGCAGGACGACAUCAUGUCGAGGAGAAAUUACCUUCCUUCGCAUUGUCCAUUGUUAUAGUCAUCAUUUCUUGUGAGCGGCAUUUGGCGUAUGUUACAAAAAAAUGUUACACUUAUACUCUAGUAUACAUGUACCUUGCAUUUGAUGUCCAUGAGCAACCCAUUUGGCCUAUUAGUAAGAAUUAUGUUAUUUGUUUUUAUUUGUCUGUUCCUUAUUAAUUGUUAGUCGGAUGACUGUUAGAUUUUAUGCAUUUCUAGGGGCUAGGUAUAGUAGAGUAUGCAUUGUACUUGUACAAUCUUGUACUUGUACAAUUUUGUAAAAGUAUGAUUUAGAAUUGAUGAUUAUCGUACAUUUAAAACCCUGAAAGUCAAUGGGAACAUUAAAACAAUAAAAUCACCUACUUGAUAUUCAAUACUGAACAACCGUCUUUAUCAAUUGAUAUGAUACAUAUAGGCAUGUAUUUGUAAGCAAUCAAGGUUAAUCAAAGUAUGUCGCCUGCUCCAAUAUUAUCACGUAUAUGUUUGACGUGGUUAAACUCAUGUAAUCAUGCAGGCCUUGAGUAACAUACACUCCCCUCCAUAAGUUUGGCAACCUUUGCUCCUCCAUUGAACUACGUGUUAAAGCCUCUUUAUCUUUGAAUUUUUUAUUUACUUAACCUGCAAUGUAACCUGCAAACUUAUGGAGGGGAGUGUACAUGCCAUUUCCAAGGCGUCUCUAUACAUUGGCAAAAUAUGUCUUCUUUUUAUAGUGAAGGAGCAAUAAUUUAAC